UUCUUGACAAUUCAGAACAAAAUUGUAUUCAAUUUUGAAAAGAUAAAGGUUUUUUGUUUAAAUUGAUGAUGUGUGAAAAUAUUGAUUAUGAUGAGGAUCUUGCCCUUCUUGAUUCGAUAACAAGGCAGUUGAUCGAUGAUUCUCAAUUUCCAUUUCCGUUGGAGUCGCUGCCGCCACCUAUCUCCGACGCCGCCAGUAGUGUGAUAGUAAAGGACGAGCCUGAUAUCAGCUUUGAAAUGUCCAACAAUUUGAAUUUUUCGACUGUGGCGCCGUCAGAAAGGGAGUUGGAAGUGGGUAUUGAGCCGGUGGCGCCACCCAGAGGGAAGCACUACAGAGGAGUCCGGCAGCGGCCGUGGGGGAAGUUUGCCGCGGAGAUAAGGGACCCUGCAAAGAACGGAGGUCGUGUGUGGCUCGGGACAUAUGAGACGGCGGAGGACGCUGCAAUAGCCUACGACCAGGCGGCGUAUCGUAUACGUGGCUCACGUGCAUUGCUGAAUUUUCCUCUUAGGAUAAAUUCCGGUGAGCCGGAGCCAGUUAAAAUUACAACAAAAAGAUCAUUGUCCUCGCCUAGUCGUUCUUUGUCUUUAGAGUCAUCGGAAAAUGGGUUGCCUAAGAAGCGGAAGAUGGCGGGUGGGAGUGGUGGCGCCACCGGUAGUUCCAAGUAGUGGAUUGGAAAGCGUUAGGGUGCAGUCGGUUCCACAGUUAAAAUACUAUGACUUAGUUAAUUUACAAUUUUUUACACCAGAAAUAAAAUUGUAUUCUUUCUUUCUUCCUCA